GUGUUCCAGGGAGGGGCAAGAGGUCCAGGAAAGACACAGUGCAGGCUCUGGAAUGAGGAAAUAUCUCUCAAGUCUGUGCGUGGUGGUUCCUGGGGGCCGAGGCCUGGCCUGACGGCGCCUUUCUUCUUUGCAGCGUACUUCCCAGCGUUCUUGAGGCAUUCGACCUGAAGGGGUUGAGGCCUAGGGAGAAGCCGAGGCUUGUCUAGGUCACUGCACUAGCUGUACCCUGCUAGGAUGGCACAGCCCAGCUAGAGAAAGAGGAACUCUUGGUGUGGCAGGACACAACCUUCGAAAUCGGGGAUGGAGUGGGGAGGGAUGGCAGGGAUGCAGGAGGAUAUAGAGGAGCCGAAGAAUCGAGGAUGCAUCCUGAGGGGUGGGGGGUCUGCUUGGCCAGUUUAGGAGUUUCUAACUGAGAAGGCAAAGCAGGAAGAGCGGUCCAUUCCCACCCUCCUUCACGCAGGACUCCCUGAAGACUCAGCUCACUGGGUGGGGCUAGAGGUAGGCUAAAGGCUGACCAGGUGAGUCUGGGAAAAUGGGAGUGGGGAACACUCAGGGGCGUGAUAAGUGUACUGACACUGGCUACUACACAGCAGGGCCAGACCUGGACCGUUGAUUCCCUUCUCAGAACUUAGCUUCCCUGCUGGCCUCAGGAAUCUGGGUAUUCCCACUCCAGGCCUACUCUAGGAAGCCUUCCUCUGCCAACUGAAAGGUGGUCUCUUAGAGGCCCAGAGAUUUCUGGACUGCCGGUGUCUGAGGCGUCCUGAGGGCCCGCACGGAGGAAUAAAAGGUCGCACUCUGCCUGAGGUCAGCCAGUUCCCACUGCUCCUCGCCCGCCCGGUCCAGCCAGCCACGUCCAGCUGCUAUGUCCAUCCACUUUAGCUCUCGCUCCACCGCCUUCCCCGGCCGAGGUGCCCAGAUGCGCCUGAGCUCCAGCCGUGCUGGCGGCUUUGGUAGCAGCAGUCUCUAUGGCCUGGGCAGCUCUAGGCCGCGCAUGGCCGUGCGCUCUGCUUAUGGAAGCCCGGUGGGCUCUGGCAUCCGAGAGAUCACUAUCAAUCAGAACUUGCUGGCGCCGCUGAGGGUGGACAUCGACCCCACAAUCCAGCAGAUGCGCCAGGAGGAACGUGAACAGAUCAAGACCCUCAACAACAAAUUUGCCUCCUUCAUCGACAAGGUGCGCUUCCUGGAACAGCAGAACAAGAUGCUGGAGACCAAGUGGGCCCUGCUGCAGGAGCAGAAGUCAGCCAAGGGCAGCCAGCUUCCCCGAAUCUUUGAGGCCCAGGUUGCGGGACUGCGGCAGCAGCUGGAGGCACUGCAGCUGGAUGGAGGCCGCCUGGAGGCGGAACUGCGAAGCACGCAGGACGUGGUGAAAGAUUUCAAGAAUAAGUAUGAAGAGGAAAUCAACCGGCGCACGGCUGCUGAGAACGAGUUUGUGUUGCUGAAGAAGGAUGUGGAUGCUGCCUACAUGAACAAGGUGGAGUUGGAGGGCAAGGUGGAUAGUCUGAAUGAUGAGAUCAGCUUUCUCAAGACCCUUAAUGAGACGGAGUUAGAAGAGCUGCAGUCCCAGAUCUCAGACACAUCCGUGGUGCUGUCCAUGGACAACAGCCGCUCCCUGGACUUGGAUGGCAUCAUUGCCGAUGUCAAGGCCCAAUAUGAGGCGAUGGCCAAACAUAGCCGGGCUGAGGCUGAAGCCUGGUACCAGACCAAGUUUGAGACCCUCCAGGCACAGGCCGGGAGACAUGGAGAUGACCUCCGCAACACCCGGAAUGAGAUUGCGGAGUUGAACCGCACCAUCCAGAGGCUGCAGGCUGAGAUUGACUCCGUGAAGAACCAGCGUGCCAAGCUGGAGGCCAGCAUUGCUGAGGCUGAGGAGCGCGGGGAGCUAGCACUCAAAGAUGCUCAUGCCAAGCAGGAGGAACUGGAGGCCGCUCUGCAGCAGGCCAAGCAGGACAUGGCGCGGCAGCUGCGGGAGUACCAGGAGCUCAUGAAUGUCAAGCUGGCCCUGGACAUCGAGAUUGCCACCUACCGCAAGCUGCUGGAGGGCGAGGAGAGCCGGUUGUCUGGAAGUGGAAUUGGCCCUGUGAACAUCUCUGUAGUGAAUUCCACUGGGGACAGUGGCAGCAGGCUCGUCUUCGGGGGAACCAUGGGGAGCAAUGCUCUGAGCUUCUCAAGCAGUGGGGGGCCCAGAGGGCUCAAGGCCCAUUCCAUCAGGACCACAUCUACCACCCGCAGGAGCCCCCACAACUGAGCACAUAUAACCAAGCUUGUGGACUUGGAGAAUCUCCACACCCCUUUGCCCACAUACGGAACCCUUCCAGCUUCACAUCCUUGUCCCACCUACAGGACCCCUCCUGCUUCGUGUCCCUGUCACAAGACAGAAGAUGCUCUGAAACUGCUGUUGGUUUUAGUAAAGUUUUCCUCUGAGCGACCUU